UUGCGAGAUUUAAAAGAUAUGUCACUCACUGAUGCAUAUAAAGCUAUUUCUGCUGGAAAGAAUGUUUUCAUGAGAAACAACGAAAGCAGCCGUGGCAAAAGUUUUAUUUUCAGAUGCCGGCAGAAGACAUAAUAUGGGGACGCAAGACGGUAGAACAGUCGUUGUGGAAUGGACCCGAUGUGUUACGUAUACAACACUUGUUAUGACAGUGACGAUAUGGGUUGUCACGGGCGUCGGACCUCCAAACUUUAACUUCUUGCCGAAGACAAUCGAUAUUUUCGAAAAUCGGACGAGUCCAUUUAAGACCAUGGAAGCAACAGCGAGGCAUCCUGAUGGGUCUCCCUUUAUAUACACAAUGGUCUCAUCUCCACCUGGCGGACCGUUCAUCAUCGACAGUGUUACUGGAGAAAUUAGUUCACCUCCUAACCCGAGGUUUGACUACGAGAACAUCUCCCAGUACGUCCUCGAUGUCACCGUGGACGACGGCAAUCUGACGGCUACGGAGACGCUAACGGUGAACGUCAUUGACGUCAAUGAGAAGCCCACGUUUGAUAAUUUGCCAGGCUUGGUGUACCUGCCGGAGGACACCUUACCCACCUACGUUAUAUACAAUCUGUUGUCUACAGACCCAGAAGGAGACAAAGUCACGUACAGCCUGAUAUCACCCAUCAACGCUCCAUUUGACGUUUUUCCGUCAGGUGUGAUUACGUUACAAACCAAUCCGGGUUUGGAUUACGAAACGAAAAAUGUGUACCGCCUUGCGUUGGAGGUAAAGGACAAAGAGCUGUACUCCACCCAGGUUCUUACAAUCAUUGUGGAGGAUGUUAACGAACCGCCAAAAAUCCUCAAUAUGGGUGUGACGCUGACGCUGCCCAGAGGAACGCUAGGUCCAAUCUAUUACGUCCAGGCGUUCGACGAGGAUCGCAAUGAACAGUUGAUGUACACGUUUACGUCUGUGCCUCCGUCAGAGUUUGGAGAUCCAUUCGUUCUGAACCCAGCAACUGGUGAGUUAGUGGUGCACAACCCCACGGGCCUCGAUCCGUCGGUCACCAACCUCUACACCAUCAAUGUCACCGUCAUGGACAAGGAGGGCUUCACGGACUCGGGAUUGCUCACCAUCAGGAUCGUGGAUAUCACCGAUGUCCCGGAGAUCUGGAAUCUUCCACUGACGGUUUUUGUAAAGGAGACGGAAAAAUAUGGUCUGAAGAUCUUCCACGCGAGGACUAUAGACAUGAUCAACGGAACCCUGAUCUACAACAUGACUGUGUCGCCGGAUGAUCGGAAGUUUAGGAUUACCUACAAAGAGGGCGAAGUUUGGUACAUUGACAAUCCAAACUUUGACUUUGAGAAGAUAUCUUCCUACGAGAUAUCUGUGACGGUUAGCAAUGGGAAGAAGGUUAGUCAAGCGAAGAGUAUUUACGUCAACAUCAAAGAUGUUAACGAACCACCGAAUCUGGACAAUCUGCCCGCCUUUCUGAAUUUGAAGGAGGACUUUGUCAAAGCCGGCACAAUUUUCAAGGUAUCAGGAUCGGAUCAGGAUGCCGGCUCUAGUAUCACCUAUAAUAUGACAGUACAUCCUUCUGACGGCAACUCCAAGUUUACGCUGGAUCCCAUAACCGGAGAAGUUUCCGUGGCGUCAAAUCCAAACUUUGAUUACGAGAGAGCCAAAUUAUACAUGCUUAUGAUAAAAGCAUUCGAUGGGGAACUGUUAAGCGGAACUGGGAUUCUGAGAGUGAAGAUUCUGAACGUGAAUGAAGCUCCAAGACUUCCAUCUUCGGCAGUGACACUUGAGAUGAACGAGGAAGAGCCAGUUGGUUACCACUUACCCUGGAACUGUACAGCUCAAGACGAAGACGAUAAGGAAGUAUUAUCGUACAACCUGGCACCCACUGUAGACCGUCAGUUUUUCACCCUAGACACAAGGAACGGAUGUGCCCUGGUCCUCGCACAGACCAUUGACAGUGAAGACCCAGCAGCCCCUGAAUCCCUUAUUCUGAGGGUUACAGUGACGGACUCUGGGGGCAUGGUCGCAGCAGUGUCGGUGAUAGUUAACGUACUUGAGGUAAACGACCACGCCCCUGUCUUCUCUCCGGACAACUACCUGGUUCAUAUCAUCGAAAACGAAGACGUGGAUGCCCCAGUGGUCAGUUUGAACGUCACGGACGGGGACAGCGGACUGGAUGGCGAUGUUAUAUUCAACAUCACCACUCCAGAGGGAAGAGACUACUUCGACGUUUCACUAGAUGGGGAAGUUACGUUAGCGUCCCAUUUAGAUCGAGAGGAUGUGAGCGUUGUCGCGUUUGACGUUGUGGCGUCAGAUCGCGGCUCUCCGCCUUUGUCAGCAACGGCGUCGGUCACGGUGGUCAUUUUAGAUGAAAACGAUAAUCGACCUGUAUUCCUAAAGUCGUUUUAUGAUUUUGAAGCCCGGUAUGAUUCCGCUAAGGGUACCAUGGUUGGAUUGGUCUCAGCCAUCGACACAGAUAAACCCAGCAAGAUCCUGGAGUAUUCCAUCCUUGGGAUUUCUCACGAGUUUGAGAUCGGUUCUGUGUCAGGUGUCAUCCAAACCAAACAGAAGCUGAUCUCUAAUCUGCGCUAUCUACUCUAUGUACAGGCUCAGGACACAGGGUUUCCACCAGAAGUGUCGGAAGCAGUUGGAGUGCGGAUUGACACAUACGUCUGUGAAGAGUCUCUAGUGAAGAUGGACGUCUACCGACAACCAUCUUUCUUCGACGCUUCCGGCAAGGCUCAGUUCACGUCAGCGAUGGCUGGGCUUUUCCCCGGAUUUGUGGCGAGAGUUGGUGAGGUUAGAGCCGGAUCUACACAAGGAACAAGUGAAGUAUUGGUUUACGUGUUGAGAAACAACAGCACCGGAAGUUCUUCUACCAUAUACAACCAAAAGGACUUUGUGCCCGUUGAAGAAGUCAUCCGCUGGACAACAUAUGGCGAGGAAGGAAAUCCCGUAGCUUACUUAUCAUCCGGGCGAUUCAACCAGUUCCCGGUCACCAAAGUGACGUGUGAAUGUUGCGUGACCAGCGACCUCAACUGGUGGUUGGAGACGACAGAGGGUCAGGCGACAACUGGUAUACUCUCCACCAUCGCUGCUGGUCUGGCGUUGGCAGCCCUCUCGUGGCUUGGUAUGCUUGCCGCAAGCCGGUGCAAAGAUUUGAUUGGGGGCGGUAAAGUUGCUCCACCAACCGGACGCUACGCCACAAAGCCCCCAGUGUCCACGAACAAACCGGGGUACGCAGACGGCGGUGACAUGAAAUGGUGGAAACUUCAACCUAAAUCGGUGUUUGAUGAAAAUUCUCCUCUGGAAGAGAAAUAUCGGCCUCCUUCGCAAGGAUCGGAUAUCUCCAAAGGGAGCGGAGUGAAGAACACGGAUGUCCGGGCCGAGCUGACUGCCUCCGAGCAACCACCAGCUCGGAGUAUCCCCCCAGCAAUGAGACCCAAGCCAGCUGGUGCUAGAGGCCUGUGGUUUUGAGCUAUAACAAUCUUAUUUAUUCCCUCCUAUUUUUUGUUGGACUGGCCAGAUUAACCCGCCAACACCUCUAACUGAAUCGACAAUUAAGACUGACGUGAACUCGAUAUUGCCCUUCAAAUGGUGGAAUUCAAUAGGCCUACCAUAUUUCCGCUGCUGACGGUUAAAUUAUAUAUUUUCUGCUCUCCUCUUUUCAAUCCAUUCCUUCGUGAAUUGUGACUCUUCCAGAUGAGUCACCUUUGUACAGAAAUUUUUUUCUUAUUAGAAAGUUUUAAUGUGUUACGGAUAUCUUGUCUUCGUUUGGCCCUCUUUGUCCUGAGAAGAGACAUGACAUAUUCCACACCAUUAGCGAAAGAUAAAUGUAAAUUUGGUAGCUGCAGUUCAAGAAACAUGCUCAUCGUCUGCCUUAAAACCAUGCAGUUAAACAGGCAUUCGGCAUGCAUUCUUUUGAAGACGUCUG